CUCCCCGUGUCUCUCUUCCUGUCUCACUCUCUUUGUCUCACUCUGUCCAGCGGAUAACCAGCCAGACACCUCAAUCAUCAGAAACUUUCACUCAAGUCUCAAAUCUUCAAGAAGAAAUUUGAUAUUAGAGAUAUACAAACAGUUGUUGACUUGAUUUCCUUCAAUUGUUGUUCCUGUGCUGAAGGUUUUUUGAGUGUAUUUUUAGAACCUGCUGCGGUGCUCUUUGUACGUCGCCUCCGUCGUCUUUUUCCGUCACAAUCAUCCGGGGGCCAAAGAGGAUUUAACGAAGGAGUUGCUUGCGCGUUUCCAUGGUGACGGUGCACUUCCCGGAGCCUUUGAAGGACUGAAGGUUAUCACUGAACAUCCGGCAAAAUCUCAAAGCCCAAGCCCUCUUCAAAAACAAUGAGCAGUCAAAACAACGACCGGGGGGCGGACCCUCCAGCUCGGACCAAGCAGAAGACGCUUUUGGAUGAUGUCAUUUUGACCUUUAGUUCGCCGAUGGCCUGGCUGCUGGUCGUGGCUCUGCUCAUCACGUGGUUUGGAGUCGCCAUCGUUCUCUUUGAUCUCCUCAACUAUAAAGCGCUGACAGAGUUCACAUCAUACUGUGACGACCCGGUGUGUUUAUCUUCUGGAGUGAGGGACCGCAGCGCGAGUAUAGGUCUCCCGCCGCCCUCCGCCAUCGCAAAGAGAGCUUUGAGGUUUAGAGCUGGUUUUCGUCCGAUGAAAUCGAGCCCCGCUGACGUCCCGUCUCAGGAGAGCACUGAUUGGUUGGGGAUGAUAUGGACCUUUGCAGCAAACUUGGUAGCUCCUGAUGAUGAGGAGGAGGAAGGUAUUCACCAGCUAACUGAACCCCUCACAUCUUUCCACUCUGAGGAGCUGUGAAGACGAGGAGGAGAGAGGAAGAGGAGGUCUGGCUGGGGAGGAGAGGAAACAGAGGGAGGAGAAGGAUCUACAGUGAAUUGUUUCUUUCUGUUUGUCUCUUGUUCACUGGAAUUUGACGAUUUAAAAACCUAUGAUUAAAUUCUGAAACCUUGAAAUAGUGUAAUAAAAAACAUAUCUGUAUUCUGCACAUUCUUUAAAUUUCUCUUUAAAAAUAAAAUAAUAUUUGAAAACAGUUUGACAGAAGGGUCAUUGCAAUGUUUCUCUGAGUUCUUCAUAACUUAAAAGCUGCAUCUUGUAAAAAUGUUGCGAAAGAUCAUUUAUAAAAAUGAAAUUCAACACAAGUACAAAAGUAAAAAUCUGUUUUUACACAAUCAUGAUAAUAAAAAAGAUCAUCUGACUUA